UCCCCCACCCCAGUGAGUGCCCCCCCCCACCCCUGCCUGCUCCCAGGGACACCCUGGGGACACCCUGAGUCCCUGCCACCCCAGAGCCAUGCCCACUCCACUGAUGCCACAUGCCUGAGGCUGGCAGUGGGUGGCGGAGGGACGGACCCCUGGUACCAACCCUCCCCCUCCUCUGCCCUGCAGCCCCCCGCCAGCCCCAGGGGCUCCCUGCUGGUGACACUGCCCAGCUGCGCUACACCAUGGUGAACAAGCUGCGCACUUAUUCAGGCGCCCAGAGCUACUGCAAGGACACGUACAAGGGCCAGCUGGCUUCGGUGCACAGCAAAGCCCGCAACCAGGAGCUGCAGAAACUGGCAAAAACCUACAACAUCUUAAUCUCGCCCUGGAUUGGAGCUGUCACCAGCCGCAGAAAUGGGAAGUGGGAGUCCUACUGGGAGGAUUCCAGCCCCUGGAACUACGCGAACUGGGCGCCCACCCAGCCCUUGCACAUCUUCACCACCUGCACCACCCUCAGUGUCCGAGGUAAGAUCACACACCCACCGUGUCCAGGCUUGGGGGGCGCUGGGGAGAGGAGCACGGGCUGUGGGGGCAUUGGAGGAACACUGGGAAGACACUGUGGGAAGGGGGCUACAGGGCACUGGCUGAACUGAGGGGACUGGGAGUGGUUACAGGGCACUAUAUCCCAAAGGGGGAAUAUAAGGGGCACUGAAAGUGGUUGCAGGGUACUGGCGGGCCCUGGGAACGACUCAUAGCCCUGACAUUGUCCUUGUCCCCAGAUGGGCUCUGGAGAAGCCGCCCCUGCUUCAAGCUGCACCCCUUCAUCUGUCAGUACUGAGCCCCCAGUGAUGCCAGAGCGCCCCAGCUCCUUUCCCAGUAAAGCAGAGGUCUCCUAAGCUGUG